AAGGAAGAGAAAGUUUUGAUCGGUUACAUUGAUAGUCCAUUGGUGCACAGUGGCAAUAAGGUAAUUAUGAGUAGUAACUUUGUUUGUUGCGGUAAUUUAACCGCUGUUGAAGGAGACAGUUUUCUCUCUUGGUCCCCUCUGUGUGUUGGUCUUGUUCAUUCGGAUCCGGAAAUAAAAGCCCCUCCCAAAUCACCAUUCUUGAAAAUCAUAAACACAAUAAAUAAUAAAGAAUAAUGUCAUCACCAUUCCCUUCCUGCUUUCGGCCAUCCCACACCCGCCGUAAUUGUCCUCCACCACCGGCGCCACCAGGCUCCUCCAACCCCAACCUGACCACAUACCUGUACCACACCGACACGGGCCUCGUGACUCUAACAUGGUCACGCUCUAUCUUAGGCCGCUCCCUCCACGUCCACGUCCACAACCACAACCCCUUCGAUUCCCCUUCUUCUUCUUCUCCUUCUUCCUCCUCCUUUCAACUUCACAUAAAGCCCUUCAUAUUCUGGAAGAAGCACGGAUCCAAAACCCUCUCUUCCACCACGCGACUCUUCUGGAACCUCUCCAAGGCCAAGUUCUCUUCCUCCUUCUCCCCCGAACCCCACUCCUCCUUCUACCUUGCUCUCGUCGUCCACAACCGCAUCGUUCUCCUCCUCGGCGAUUCCCCCAAAGACGCCUACUCCAAGUCCAAGGCUCUCCACGCUAACAACCCCCACUCCCUCCUCCUCAAGAAGGAACACGUCUUUGCCGACACCGUUUACUCCACCACCGCCAUUUUCGGCGGCAAGACCCGCCGUAUUCAAAUCGACUGCGGCUCCUCCAGGGAUAACGACUCUGCCUCCUCCAAGCUCUCUUUCUCCGUCGACGGCGACAGGGUGCUGCAGGUAAAGCGCCUCAAGUGGAAGUUCAGGGGCAAUGAGAGAGUUGAAAUCGACGGCGUUCCGGUUCAGAUCUCGUGGGACGUGUACAACUGGCUCUUCGACAAGGAUAGUAAUGGCGAUGGGCACGCCAUUUUCAUGUUCAAGUUCGAGGCGGAUGAACAUGGCGUGGACAGGAACGUCGUGAAUCCAUGGGCGCAGCAGAACUGGAACUUGGGUUUGAGUGGCUCCUGCGACUGGGCCAAGAUGUCAUCUUCUUCCGUGUCGGUGGGUUCCUCCGCCGGGUCAUUCGGCGGAAGCUCCUCCGUGUUGGAAUGGUCCAGUGUGGAGGAGAACGAGUUGGUGGAUCCCGUUGGCUUCUCUCUCAUUGUUUAUGCAUGGAAGCGCUGAUUCCUCUUCUUACAUUGGAUUCUACUAUUCCCUUCUUGUUACUACGUUCAUUUCAAUGCUAACUGCUUAGAAUUUUAGGCAUUUUAGAUUACAUUUUUUUUUUCUUUUUUCCUCCUUCCCUUGUUGUUGUCAAUGAUGCGGCACUAACCCAUUUGUUUCGUGGACAUAAAGAGAUUCCAAGAAAUCUACUAGUUUAGGGUAUACAGUAUGAUAUCAGAAUCUAUUCCUAGAUUCUGUCACUAACACAUUCAUUUCUCUUUUACAAGAUUCAGUGUCACCAGUUUGAGGUUGUUCUAUCUGAUUCUCUCUCUUUUUGUUUUUGUUUUUUAUUUUUCUUUUUAUAUAUAUAUAAAUGUUUGGGGCUAAGAGAACGAAGUUGAUUAAAGCAUAUUACAUACUACGAUGGAAGGAGUUCAAUUGAAGCGCAUUAUUGUUGCACGCUCUGAAGAAGAAAAGAAUUAAGAUUGUUGGUGUUCCUUAGGGUUGACGUCUAAAGAGUGGUGCUGGUGUGUAUUCUAAUCUAAGAAUUGGAUUUGGAUCGGAUCCAAGACAUGUGAAGGUAGGACCGCACACCACUUGUGUUUUCUUUUUUUUGUUCGGAAAUGGCAGCUAACUAACUUUGUAGGCUGUGGCCGUCAACUUGCUUGACCGACCUGGUCCAUCAACUAGCUAUAAAACAAAUAUGGGCACCAUAUAAAUAUUUAAGAUUUUAUACUUUUCAAUUAAAUAUCAACUAAUUGACAUCGAACUCUUAGGCACCAUAUAACAAACGCCUUAAUAAACUACCUUCAAAGAUGAUUUUAAAGCCAUGAAGAAAAGGGUGCAGCAAGUUUAGCUAAGAAUAGUUAUUUCCGUUUGGGAAGGUAGGAAAUAAAAGGGGAAGCAGUGGCUGACAGGAACUGCAUAAGAAAUGGCAAUAGAAGCAUUUGUUGAUGGUGGUUGCGUACUUGGCUAGCUGUGGGAGUGGACCACCCGACAUGGAGUUUGUGUUUUGGAUGAAGAUUCCUCUGCUUAGUGUAUGUUGUGUCUUGCGAGCACCAAAGCGAAAAUAGAUGCCUCUCUGUUUGUUAA